GCGGUGCCUCCCACUGCGCUGCGCUACCAAGCCGAACGUAAAUGGCAAAGACCGUCAACUAGAUUGAUCGACAAGAAAUGAGUUUUUAUUUUUUGUUUUAUUUAAGAAAGGAAGAUUUCAAGUAAUUAACUCGAGAUAUAUGCAACAAUAUGCAUAUACACAUAGAUGUAGUCAGCUGCAACCUAUUAUCAACACAGUCAACUUGCCGUUUUGUGCCUUCCUCAUGAGUUUCCUCUCUCUACUUUUUUUUUUCUCACUUGGUGGGUGUCCCUUCUGAAAGUAGAAACCAUGUGUACUUUUUGCCCACUUUUUCUUCUUUCCACAUUCUUCUCUGAUGCCAGUUAUGUGCUCGCGCUAGAGAGAGAGACAGACAAAGAGAUAUUUUAUGGGGAAGUAGCGUUCCUAUUUAAAGCCAGUGGUUGCUUUUUUUUCUCUCCCACUCUUAAGCAACCUUAAUUUGGGUGAACCCUCUGAUCUUCAAUCUUAUCAUUAUCUUAUGCUCCUAUUUUUCUUUACAAAGUUCACAAAGCUUUGUUGCUGCUGCUUCACAAUGGGAUACCCCCAUAUCACUGACCUCAACUUGUCUCAUUCAUUCAACAACGCAAAUCCAAGGUCACCCUUGAUUCCAAAGCGUAAUGACUUUGCCUGCAGCCUCAACAACACUACCAUUAUCUCUCCUGGCCAUGCAACUAAUGCAAAUGAGCGAAGUAAGGCAGGAUUCAGUCAUGAGCAGCCCUUAGGAAGUUCACGUUGGAAUCCAACGCCAGAGCAGUUACUGGCACUGGAAGAACUUUAUCGACGUGGGACACGGACGCCAUCAGCUGCACAAAUCCAACAAAUAGCUAAUCGGCUUCGGAGGUUUGGAAAGAUUGAAGGGAAGAAUGUUUUCUACUGGUUUCAAAACCAUAAAGCAAGAGAACGUCAAAAACGCCGCCGCGAACUUGACACUGAACAACCACAACAACAACAAUGUGAUACUGAAAGCUUGGAAAAGAAGGAAUCAGGGACUGUAACGACGGGAUGUGAAAAUGAACAGACAAAGAACAAGGGUCCUCCUUCAAACUUCAGUAAACUUUCAGAGGAAUUUAUUUCAACGCAUGGAGUAGUAGCAGCAGCAACAGCAAAAAGUGAAGGAAGUGAGUGGAUGCAAAUUCAGGAGAAGGACUUACAACAGAGAAAGAGUGCAGUGAGGAGAGUUUCAACUUGGCAAGCUAUGGGGUUGUCUUGUUCACCGAUUUACCUCAUAAACAGCAUGACCGCAACUUCAUUAGACGCUAGAAGAGUUUUGAACACUCAAAAUGUAUGUUCAUUCCAACCCCACCAAGAAAGUAUUACCACUCUUGAAGAUGAAAACAGAGAAGAUCAGACCCUUGAGCUGUUUCCUCUCGGAAGCCACGAUCACAACCGCAUUAAUAUCAGCAAGAAAGACACCCAAGUGCACAUCAGAGCCAUAAAUACAACCUUCACUCCAAACCAGUAUUUUGAGUUUCUUCCUCUGAAGAACUGAAGAAGAAGGUAGCUUGGCAUGUGGCUACAAAUGCAUCAAUUAAAUACUAGUUUGCCAUUUAAGUAAAGAUGGUUAAGCUGUAUUAGUAGUUUGUUUUUUUGUAGGAAACUAGGGACUGUUUCAUCUGUGUCUGUCGUGCAUGGUGUAACUGUAAGACAAGGACAUAUAGUUAUUUUGGGGUUGCCUUUAAAACGCAUUUGAACCAUGUUGGUUAACCCAAGGUAAAGCUCCUUCAUUUUUCUUUAAACGAUGCAAUUGCAGAUUUUUCUUUGUUGAUGGUUUUGUCUAUUUCCUACAACUCUUUGAACGAUACAAAAAGAAAGAGAGAUGAGAAGGCAAUAUUGGGAGACAUAGAACAGGAGAAGGAUGUGAAAGAGUUUGAUG